GGGAGAGGAAUCACAUCUCACAGGUUCAGGUUUGCCAGCUUGGAUUUGGAGCUUCACUGACAGCAGAAGCAGGGGUUGAGAAUGGUCAGCCAUCAAUAGGGUUCAUCAGAUCCACCAGCUGGUAAACUCAUUUCUGAAUGAACACAGACGGACUUCCUGUUUUGUUUUUGUUUUUUUAAUUGUUUUCAUUUUUAUUGGUAUUACAGACAUCUUAAAAAUGAAUCAUUACGGCUUUGAGAUCGCUGCCUUCCUCCUGUGUGUUACGGGUUGGGUGCUGAUAUCCUCAACCAUGCCUACUGAAUCCUGGAGAGUGUCAACAACUGAGGGCACUGUCAUUGUGACAGGCAACUACUAUUCAAACCUCUGGAAGAUGUGUGUCCACGGUUCAACUGGAGUGUCUGACUGCAAGGACUUUGAGUCUAUGUUGGCACAACCAAAUUACAUCAAAGCAUGCAGAGGACUCUUGAUCAUUGGUAUCAUCCUUUGCACUUUUGGAAACAUAUUUUCCUUGGUCGGGAUGAAGUGUACCAAGAUUGGAGGAUCAGAAAAGAUCAAAACUAGAAUUACUUUUCUGGUAGGAUUACUUCACCUACUCGGCGGUUUGACGUCUCUGUGCGCAUUCUCAGUGUAUGGGAACAGAGUUACAUCAGAAUUUUUUGAUCCAAAUUUUCAAAACAUAAAAUAUGAAUUAGGAGUUGGUUUGUUCAUUGGGUGGUCAGGUUCUUCAGUCACACUUAUUGGUGGUUCAAUGUACUGUUACUCAACAGUGAAAGAGGGACUGUUUGAAAGGAAGACAUACAUUUACAAAGGAACAACCUCCUACAUGAAAUCGCAGAGGUCUAUAAGAACAUAUAGAUACUCACCGAAACAGUCUGGCAUAGAUUCCUUUGUUUAAUCUGGAAAGAAAGAAGAAAUAAGAAAGCAGGGUGGAUUAAUCGCUCUUCCAGCAGUGAUUUAGAGGACAGAUCUCAAACCCCAGUGCACUAGAGCUGACAUUUUGAAGAGCUUUGAAACAGUUAUAGUUUUAUAAGUGUAAAAAGUUGUCAGGAUGUUAACAAUGAAAAAUGGCAGGUACGUUAUUUAAACAGUUGUAGCAACACUUGUGUAGUACCACUGUAUGUUCCUGAACCCCGCCACUUAUCCUUUAAGUAACAUGGUGUCUCUAAUUUGAACAAAUUCUAUCAAUAUGCUGUAUAAUCUUUACAUCUAGAGUGUUUGUACUUGUGUAAUUCUGACUAUUCUAAAUGUGAUUUUGAUAAGCGAUUGAUCUUUCUUCCCCUUUAUAAUCCUGUAUUCUGAUCAGAAGAUUUUCUAAUUCUGUCAUGUUAAUACAAGCCCUAUGGGUUUAAUAUAAUACAAUAAAACGUUGACAUUUUAGUUGGCUGAAGCUUUUCGGUUUUGAAUUGGAGUUCAUUAGGUAAGUUCACUGCUGGUGACACUCCAAGUCACUUACCCUCCAAGUUGAUACCGAUUGCAGCCAGUGAGGCCUUAUUGUUAUCCAUUCGAAAUACCAAAGUGAAUGACGAGUUUCACUUUUAUUUCAGAACCAUUAAUAACACUUUUACAUUGUUUCAAAUAUGAUCAUAACAAUUGCAUCAGGCAAUUAUUUUUCACACUCACCUGUUGAUGUUGCAAUCAUGUUGGGCAUUCUUAAGAACAAAAGGCUAAUGUUGAUGACAGUAAAAUGAUAUGAAUGCAUGUUGUUUUGUUUUUGGCAGCCUGUUAUGUUAUGUGCAGGUAUAAUAAACAAUAAGGCUUACUGCAAACCCCCAUGUAGCUUGAAUAACCGCUUAAUACAGUAUGUUUCAUGCAUGCCCAUUAGACAGUUUAGCUUCAGUUAAGAAAGUGAAUGACCUUGUCAGAUUAUAGCCAAAUGUCUAUGUCGGUAGGAGGAUAACAGUGUAAGAUACAAGUCUUGUGUAGAGUGGUGCAGUUAGUGUGGUUACUCUGUAGUCUGACAGACGGAUAGAAGGAAGGACCCUAAAAAAGGAGAACCUUUAUUUCAGUAAGAAAGUUUAAUUUGAAGGUAAGAAAUAGACAUUCUAAGACAACUAGUAUAACCAUAUAAAAAUUACAUCUAAUUGAAAUGUUCAUUGGGAUUUUCAAAGCCUAUUUAUACCCCCUAAAUCUGAAUAAUUAUCCCAUAAAACGUGCUCUUUAUCAUCCUUUGAUACUGUUUGAAUGUUUUACCUUUGGGUCUGUCUGAGCGCACCUGAAGAGAGGUGGGAUUUCUGUAACCAGGUCAGUUUAAAAAUGAACACUGCAUGAGGGUUAUUCACCGGUAAUUGCUUCCUCCAGAGAGUUUGUUAAAGAUUUGCAAUGGAAAAUCUCUGAAAAAGUAUUUAAUUGAGGAAGAUUGUCCAUCCAAUCAUCAGUGCUGCCAUGCUCAACAUGGGCAGCAGUGUGGAGUAGUGGUUAGGGCUCUGGGGGAGUGGGGGAUACUGCUGCUGUACCCUUGAGCAAGGUACUUUACCUAGAUUGCUCCAGUAAAAAUCCAACUGUAUAAAUGGGCAAUUGUAUGUAAAAAUAAUGUGUUAUCUAGUAACAAUUGUAAGUCGCCCUG